AUGGAUUCAUCUGCUGUUUGGGAGGCUCAUGAUCUAACGUUGUCUGUCGGCCCAGAUGAAUUCCAGCAGUUCCUCGACAUGGGCAUGAGCAACCUAGGCGACGCCCUCCAAUUUGACUACCAGGACUUCAAUCAACAAGAUAGUCAAGACAUGCCACUGGUAAAUCAGGGACGAGGUGACGCUCUGGAUACGUUUAUGGGCAACGGAUAUGGAAUGAGUCAGGAUACCACAAAUCAGGAACGGAUACCAAUGGCAAUUGUAUCAAGCCAUUCUUCUUUCCACGAACCUCCUCUUGCGCAAACACAUGGGGUGAACGCAAGACUGUCGGAACUAGAUGCUCAAAUCCAAUUUCUGCAGCAUCAGAAGCACGAGCAGCAGCAGAGGCAUCUCCAAGAGCAGCAGAGGAACUACUAUGCACAAAGCCGCAUGGUUCCCCCGACCCCAAAUAGCGUAGAGAUGCACGGAGGCAGCGCUCACUAUUACACGCAACCUGAUCAACAACAGUCUAUUUUUGAGAGGUAUCAGAUGCAUGUCAAGGAGCACGAGAUCGCUUUCACUCCAUUGGUAUCUCCUGCCGUUACUCCUCUAGAAGCUCACUUCAAUAUACCUGAAUAUACGGCCCCGGGCGCCUACUUUAGCCCCUUGAGCUCCCCAGCACUUCACGCCCAGACGGAGUAUCCCUCAGUCUACGACCAACGGCAUUCUGGAGCCACUAACUCGCCGAUUGACACGAAUCCAGAUGCCCACCCCACCCAUGGCGGUUCUGCUAUGCUGUCCAGAAUGACAACUAGGAAAGCUUUACAGUAUACACAGAAGCCUCGCAGUGCUCGUGCCAUUCGGCAAUCACCGAUUGUGAAGCCGCAGCGUAAGGGAAGGAAGAGUAGCACCACAAAAAUUCCGCUCCAGGCACUGGGCGAUAUCUUGGAGCCAGUCCACAGUCAUCUUUCACGCUCGAAAGAGUGCAAUUCAUUGCCGUCCUUAACGAGCACAGAGGAAUCAGAAAAUGGAUCGAUCUCUCCUGAGCACUUGUCCGAUAUGGCACCACCACCGUUACCAGCUCCUGGGUCUACACGAGCAUCGCCAUACAUCCAAGCUCAAAAAGGGAAUAAAAGAGCCCAGCAACUAGUUCUCAAAUCUCCUGCUACCCCUGCCUCUCUCAUGAGGUUGACUCAAUCACCCCCAGUAGGCCAGCCUGGAAGCACUAAAAAUAUGGACCUGGACGAUCCUGGAAUAGAUGGAUUUGCUCUGCCUGAAGCUGCGGACAGCAGACCUGCGCUCCCGCGUCUUGACACCCAGUGCGAUGGCCAAAUGACACCUGCCUUGAGCUCCUCUGGGGCCAAAACACCUGGAUUGUAUUCCCUGCCAUCACCUGCCAUCACUCGUCCAGAAACUGCGGCAUCCAGCCAAAGUCCACAGAUUGAUGCAAUAAAUGGAACAAGUGGAACCAGUGAAAACACCCGCAAGACGCCACAACUCGCCACUCGUGCCUCGAAAAAGAGAACCGGCAAUUCUGCUCUUGUUUCCCCAGCCAUUCUUCCUCGAAUAUCACCAAAUAUUAAACCGUUGUUGCCUGGAGGAACUAAUGGGUCCGGGGACACUGCUUCCCUGCUCCUCGCAGCCUCCAAGUCAAACUACCAAAACAUUCUUGAAGGGACGUAUCUACCCGGAGUCUCAUACCCGACAGACCUUUCUACAAACCUGACCUCGAAGCGCACUUCUCACAAGAUUGCUGAGCAAGGUCGACGAAAUCGCAUCAACAACGCACUGCAAGAAAUCGCGACUCUGCUACCCCGUAAUUCGAAAGACAAUGGAGGCGAGAAGAGUGGAAGUGGGGAAGCAGGAGAUGGCAACGAGGCCAUCAAUGGGAAAUCGGCAGCCCAGAGCGCGAACAGCAAGGCAAGCACGGUGGAGCAAGCCAUCGAUUUCAUCAAGUUUCUUACCGUCGAGAAUGCAACUUUCAAGCAGAGAGCGGAGGAAGCUGAGAAGGAGUUGGAGCUAUUGAAGGAAAGAGCUGCUGCGUUGCUCGCAUAG